CACGGGCUGUCUGAUUCACUCACCUCACACACACAGAGAGCAAAGAGAGCAUGAUUCAGUCUGCGCAUAACUAACUAAACUGUCUCCGGCGCUCUUCGGUCGUUCAUGUGCGCACGAGGAACUCUGAGCUCACGGGGGAGAGAAGGAAAAAAAAAAAACCUGGAAGAGUUGGUGGACGUCGGUCGGUUCAUUUAAAAGAUAAAUUGACAGUCAAACGGGGUUUUGUAGGAAGGAGCGGGAUAGCAGACCUCCACCUGGACAGUGUGUUUAAAAAAAGGAUCACGGGACGGUUCACCUGAGGCGCACGAGGACAUCGUUUGCAUGAAACUGUGGCCAGAUAAAAGCAGUGGAUGCAACUACGCUCCAUUCUUAGAAAAAAGGUGGAAAAGUGGGAGAGGCUCUGAAGAGGACCAGUUGACCACCGGCAGAUACACCUCAGCUCAAACAUCCUCCAAACCAAGCCCGAAACGCACCAUGUCCCUCAGCACUUUUCACCUCAUGCAGACCCUUAAGAACUCUCCCGCCGCGCUACGUCGCCGCUUUCGCCGCGACCGCACAGAGUCUUUGUCCCACGGUGACCCCCUCUUCAAGGUCCACUACCUGGGCACGGAGAAAAUCUUCUCUCUGGAUCGAGAGCAGGCUCAGGACGCCAUUAGCCAUUUGCUAGAAGGUAUCGCCAACGGGAAGAAGCCGAGCAAAGAUCACGCCCUGGUGGUGCGACCAAGAUACGUCGAGGUCAAGGAACUGAGUACGGGUCGGCAGCUCACUAAGACGUACCUGCAGGACAUUGCGUACUGUGCCGCGGAUGCCAACCGGCCCAAUGUGUUCCUGUACAUCUGCAAACAUCACGGGCAGCAGCUGCAGUGUCGGGUGUUCUGGUGCAGCCGGGCAGAGCGGGCUCGAGACAUGACUGCCUGUCUGGCACAUUCUUUCCAGCAAGCGCUGAGCGACUGGCAGCAGGACGGCUCGGCCACGUUGCAGCAAGGAGAGAUGAAGGGGAAACGAGUAGAGGAGUCGUCCAACUCUCCCGCCAACACGAAAAGCUCCACGCUGCCUGCCAGUCUGGGAAAAGUUCGCUGGAAGAAGAGGGGCUCAGUGUCUCGCAGCCCCCUCAGGGCCAUCAGCAGAAGAGGAUCUGCCUCUGACAGCUGGAACUGAACCCCAGCUUUCAACCCUUCAAACAUGGGACCACAUUAACCUGAUGACAACCUCAAGGAUGUCAGCACUGAUGGGAGGAGGAGGAGGAGGAGGAGGGAGGGAGGGGGAGUGAUUACAAGACAGAAGGAUGGGACAAAGGGGAUAAUCCGGGAAGGGGGAAAGUCCAUAUUUGGACUCUGCUUGUGAGUGGAUGCCGUAAUCAGUGAGCAAGGGCAUGGACUUGAAGGUUUUUGACGCAGCAAAGUUUGUCCGUUAACGUCUGCAAGAGUGGCGUCCAAUGUGGCACAAAAUGCUGUUAACGGCCGCCUUUGUUCACCUGUCGUCAGCUACGUGAGGACUUGUGACUGGCCGCGAGCCAUUUGCAGACCGGACUGGUUCAUUUCCAUUGCUGUUUUAUUUGUUUUAAGUUGUCUACUUGAUACUCAACCACCAAAGAGUUUGGACUGCUGGAAAAGAGACUAACAGACAAUGACACCAGCCGUUGGCCAAAUGAUCAACAGACGACAACAAAAACUGGAAAAAGACAACGAGAGCUUUUUUUAAAAAAUUUCCUUGAAGACUGACUUUUAUUUAACUGACGUAUGUGACAGGUCAUGAUGUUUUAAUGUAUCUUAUUUUAACCCUGUGGCACUAGCAAGCUUAUAUCUCAUCUUUUUUUAAAGUGGAUGGCGGAAACAACGCUUUUAACCUACAUUGCAAGAGUUUUGAGAGAUUACAUAGGUGUCAGGUUGUCAAACAAACGUUAAGCAAAAUUGAUUAUAGUCUGUGAUGCAGGUCGUAUGUUCUGAGCACUUAAAAGGUGUAAAAUUUGACACCUGAACGCAUCACAAUCUAAAUUCACAUUGUUGUAUCAUUUCUUACAUUUUAAGAGGUUAGUAGCUUUCAUGAAUCGUAGGACAGGCCCCAGCACCUACAUUAUAAAUGGUGGAGGGGUGGGAGAACCUGCAGGGUCAACAAAAUCCUUCACUCUGGCACCACAGCAGCAUCCUGCAUAAAGAAAACAACAAAAAAGAAAAAAAACCAAAAAACAGAUCCUAACUGUCCACUGCAAGUACCUAUUUGCAUUUACGUGGAAAAACACUCGGCCAUGACUUGCAGGGCUUGUUUGUGUCCGAUCACUGGGAACGUUGUGUUCCCGUGUCGAGCCUCCGUGUGGAAUGCGCGGCCAUGCACCUGCAUUCCAAUAGGCCGAAAUUCGAGACAGAGAAUCUUCUUAAAAGCCCCCCCCUCCGGAAUUCUUCGCCAUGCCCGUCCAUGACUUUGCAUAGUGAGCUGCCUCGUCAGUCGAUGCUACAAUGUGCGUUUUAACUCUGAGCCCGUGACUUGUUCACAUUUACCAAAGCCAUAAAAGGUGCCUAACUACUUCAGUUACAGUGACGCUUACAGGCUUUGAUAUGUGCAGUAUUGCAUAACACGCUCUCAUGAUGGUGAUUUCUGUCUUAAGGUUUACAAAUGAGAGACUUGAUGAUUAGUGGUACACCUUAAGGCUACCAUUCAAUUGUCAUUUUGUGUUUCCUGACCAAAACUAAGCUAGAAAUGAUGCCUUUUUUUUUGUUAAACAGGAAAGGUGUUUUUUGACUGAUGUGCCACUGGGUUUUUAAUUUUAACGUUUUGUACUCGUGGUGUAUCUAUUUUUUUAAAGCUACAAAUGGCGCAGCCCCAAUCUCAGGGGUCAAAGUGCCCGCUUUAAUGCGUAUUUAAUCAAUGUACUGUUAUGUCAUUGUACAUAUUUAAUUAAAUAUGUAUUUUAUGAAAUAUUAAAACCUUUUAUACAACA